GUCGCGGUUUAAAAAGCAGCCUAGGGGCAGCCAGGAGCCUACACUGCGGAGGAGCACGCUGUGAUCCUAGGCUGCGCUCACGUUGUGCUGGUGCGCCCCAGGCAACUCCAAGCGCCUCGCUGCCCUAAAGCGAGCGGCAGCCUCUAGUCGCCGCCGGGACAAAGAUGCCCCACCGCAGCCUGCGCGCGGCCAUAGUCCUCCUGUUGGUGAUUCUAAAGGAGCAGCCUUCCAGCUCGGCCCCGCUCAACGGAUCCAAGUGGACCUACGUUGGUCCUGCUGGGGAAAAGAACUGGUCCAAGAAGUACCCGUCCUGUGGGGGCCUCCUCCAGUCCCCGAUAGACCUACACAGCGACAUCCUCCAGUAUGAUGCCAGCCUCACACCCCUACAGUUCCAAGGUUACAAUGUAUCUGCUGAAAAGCUGUUGAACCUGACCAAUGAUGGCCAUUCAGUGAGACUGAAUCUGAACUCGGACAUGUACAUCCAGGGCCUCCAGCCCCACCAGUACAGGGCGGAGCAGCUGCACUUGCACUGGGGGAACCGCAAUGACCCCCAUGGCUCUGAACACACCGUGAGUGGGAAGCACUUUGCCGCCGAGCUGCACAUUGUCCAUUAUAACUCAGACCUGUACCCCAACUUCAGCGCCGCCAGUGACAAGUCAGAAGGUCUCGCUGUCCUUGCUGUUCUCAUUGAGAUAGGCUCCAGCAAUCCGUCAUACGACAAGAUCUUCAGUCAUCUUCAACAUGUUAAGUACAAAGGCCAGCAAGCUCUCAUCCCAGGCUUCAACAUUGAAGAACUUCUGCCUGAGAGCCCCGGCGAGUACUACCGCUAUGAAGGGUCCCUGACUACACCUCCUUGCUACCCUACCGUGCUCUGGACAGUUUUCCGAAACCCUGUGCAGAUUUCCCAGGAUCAGGUAUCAUCCUUUCAGUGGCCCUGGCUGGUGUUCUUGGCAUCUCCAUUGUUCUGGCAGUGGCUAUUUGGCUCUUCAGAAGGAAGAAGAGCAGAAAAGGUGACAACAAGGGAGUCAUUUAUAAGCCAGCCAUCAAGAAGGAGACUGAGGCCCACGCCUGAGGUCCCUGGCACUUUCAGACAUCCAAGAAAGGACCUUGCUUUGGACACUUUGGCUCUCUGGACACUUGAAACACCUCAAGGUGUUCUCUCGAGCCCAACUGUAACCCCUUCCCCAGACUCUUGUGAGGCUUCCAGCUGGUCCUCCCCUGUUCUGCCAUCACAACCACCCCAGGGUGACCAGUGAGUGGGAUGAACUGAACUAGGUAGGGGGCAGGAGCUUUCAGUGGAUUUCUCUAGCUGCGUGAGAUGGCUGAAGAUUUAGGAUUCUGGGUCACAAACCGAACCUGCUGGUGGGCUAUUAGGGUUUGGAAAUCACUCCCAUCCUGGGUUCAUCUUGAUACAUCCCCAGUGCCAUGGACAUUCCAGUUAUUCUCUAACCUUCCAGACCAGAGUGUGUGUCCUUUGCUCGGAUAACGCUUUUGAAACUCAGCUUCCUUCCUCAGUGAGGAGCUGUCUUCUUUGGAUUUCCUUCUGCCCUGACAGACCCUCCCACCUGACCUCAUGCCUAUGGGGAAGAGUUGAGACAGGAAGCAUCAGAUGAUCAGAAAAAAAAAAAAAGAAAAGAAAAACUAUAAUAUACUAGGGCAUUUCCACAGUCCUGUCUUUCAGGCUAGAGACACUGACCAAACCUCACAGCCAUGCAGGCUCAAGUUCUGUCUCUUAGUGGAGUAAAAGGGAGGCAGGGAAAGGGGAAACGGAGGCAAUGGGAAGGGAAACAUUGUCCAGGAGUCUUCGUUUGGAGUCAGAACUGGAACCGAGAGACAGUGGAAGAGAAACUGAGUCUAAGUUACUGCCUACUCUGCCUACUUAGCCCCAGGAGGGCAGUUGUGUUUCAUACUCGACUCCACUGCUGGCAAAGGAGCUGCUUUCUCUCUCCUGGAGUAGGUGGGACUUAUGAACGAUCUUGAACCCAUGGGAAGCAGACAGAAGCCAGACUACUGUGCAGCUUUGUCUCUUUUGCCCCAAUGUCAGUUCAACCUUGUCUGAUAUCCCUUCUGCCAACUCAGUGUCAGGACUGUCCACUCCUCUGUCCGUGGAGAAGUCUAAAUGAUGUUUAGUCGAAAAUGUAUUUUCAUACUAUCAAAGCAGGAAGCCAUCUGCACAGAGCCAAACCAGGUCCUGGUAUUUAAGUACCCAAACCAAUGGAAUGUUCCCAAGAUUCUCUCUGUUCUUCCACAGUUUCUGAGAAAACUUAAUUCCUUCUUCGUGUUCUCCCCACAGAGGUGAGAACCCUGCGGAGAGCCGUCAGCUCCACGGCUCGGCUCGACAGGAGCCUCGGCCACCAGCCCCUAAUUGCUAGUUCCUUGCAGUUCACAGGGAGUUCUCUGAUUUAGUCUCAUUUUGACAGCAUGGAAUGUCCUCUUGAAGCACAAGGUUUUUUGUUUUUGUUUUGUUUUUAUAUCUUUUUCCUUCUACUCCUCCAUCUGAUUUGAUAAAAAUCUUUUUCUACCAUUACCACUUUUCAUGGUGGCCAGCCCCGUGUCUUUGUAAUAUAAUUCACUGGGCAAGGUUACAGGUGACCCAGUGGGGGCUUGGCUGUGUGUGUGUGUGUGUGUGUGUGUGUGUGUGUGUGUGUGUGUAGUGUGUGCAUGCACACAAGAUCACUGACAGCCUUGGAGUCUGGGUGCCAUCCUGGCCUUGCAACUGACAUGCCUGACGGUGUCACCACAGUAAGGACAACCCUCAAGAAGAAGUAGCACACUUCAGGGGGCCAGAGCUGUCAGCCAGAGACUAGCGUAAAGCACUCCAGGACAGCGAGACUGUCUCAAAGAACUGUGCCCGGACGAGUUAUGUGAGAGCACAGAGAGCUCGUCAUACCUGGUAUGAAGACGGGUCCUAGCAGAUGUGCUAGGAGGUGAAAACAGCGGGUUUCUCCUUCCCUCUUCCCAUUCAGCAUGGCCCAGACAUUCAGUCCUCGUUCAGUCCUCAUGGCUGAGAUGAAACAAAGCCAGGGAGGCAGAAAGAGUGCCCCAAGAAUCAGCGCUGUCAACCUUUAACUCUUGGAGAUGCAGCUUUCUUCGUAUUCCCAGUCAUUCUGGCCACCACUGAGGGAACCAGUGCUGUGGGCUGUGAUGCACAGCUUGCCUUACACGCCUUAACUCGGCUGUGUGAGGUGUAAGGUGGGUUCCCAGGAGAGCCUGGGUGGGCACAGGGCUGGGCACAUGGCAGGUGAAGAAGACAACACAAGGUAUGGGCGGGUGGGGCAUGCACCUGGGACCUGGGGGAGGCACUGGUUUCUGCAGUUUUCCUGUGCCUCUAACUGGAGAACCUGAGUCUCACUGUGGUUUUUUAGUAUCUGUCUUCUAUUAUAGUAAAGCAUGUAUCCGUGGCUUUAAUAGUAUUCUAGAAUUUGCUGCACUGACUGUCUUAAUCGUAUUUCUAUUCCUUGACCUCUCAGUACACUUGGAAGGCCUUCUGAUUGGCCCUGAGAAAGUACCAGGGGUGACAGUAUCCCUGGGUCCCUGUGCCUCUCAUCCCAUAGGCCAUUGUGAUGAUGGCCUGUUUAGCACUUCUAUAUUUAUUGUACCAAUGAUUGUAAUGAAGACAUACACUGAAAAUAUAAUAAAUUAUAAUAAAAAUGUU